AUGGCGAGCGGCGGUAUAAUCGAGGAGGCGGAAAACGUGGAUGGCGGAGCGGGGGGCGUGGGGAUGGAGAUGCGCGGGGUGCUGUUCCGGUGGGGGGAGAUGGGCGUUAAGGUCGCCCUCCGCUCGUCCGGCUUCCCCCGCCACGUCAUCAUCCUAGGUGGAGGCGGGGGAGAAGGGGAGGGGAAAGCGGGGAAUUGGGAGGAGAGAGUGGGGAGGGGGAAGCAGAGAACGGGGAAGGAAGAGGGGAGAAGGGGGGAGGGGGAAAGGGACUCAACAGAUAACUUGUUUCUCCCUGUGAUCUGUGGAAGACGCAGGGACCCCUCGUGUGUCUCUCUCCUUCCUUCCUUCCAGGUGGCCUUCCGUGAUAAAAGUUGCUCUUCGCUCGUCCGAUUUCCCUGCCACGUCAUCAUCCUAGGUCGCCUUCCGCUCAUACACAAGUCAUCUCUUCCUCCUGUCUUCUCUCCCACGUUCCUCCAGGUUAUUUAUGAGAAUUCACAAAAAUACCAUGCAGCGGUGGGGGGAAGGGGGGGUCUCAUACACAAGUCAUCUCCUCCUCCUGUCUUCUCUCCCACUUGCCCCUCUCAGGUCGCCUUCCGCUCAAACGACUUCCCCUGCCACGUCAUCAUCCUAGGAAAGGGGCAGGAUCACAUAGGACAAUCCUUCCCCCCCAUCCCCUCCCCUCCUCCACCCUCCACCUCCCAGGUUGCAUUCCGGUCAUACGACUUCCCCUGCCACGUCAUCAUCCUAGGGAAGGAGAAAGUUAACACUCUCUUUCCUUUGCCAUGCCACCAUCUUAGGUGGAGGAAGGUGGGGGGGAAGGGGGGUCUCAUACAUAAGUCAUCUCUUCCUCCUGUCUUCUCUCCCACUUUCCCCUCUCAGGUCGCCUUCCGCUCGUCCGAUUUCCCCCGCCACGUCAUCAUCCUUGGUGGCCUCACGGACGGGCUGCUGCCGACGCAGUACACCGCCAGGCUGGCGUCCGAGCUGGCAGCCGUCCAUUGGUCGCUGCUGCAGACUCAGCUUUCAUCGUCUUACUUUGGAUACGGCGCUGCGUCAUUAGAGCAGGAUGCUACCGAAAUAGAUGACCUCAUCGCUUACAUCAUCAAGCGGUACCAGGCCUCGGAGGUCGUCCUGGUCGGCCACAGCACAGGCUGUCAGGACAUAGUGGCGUAUCUCAAGAGCACUAAAGCUAUCCAUCGCAGCGCAGUCAAAGCCGCCAUUCUUCAGGCCCCAACGAGUGACAGGGAGUGCAUGCAGCAGCAGGCGAGGGAAGGGGGGAAGGACACAGAGGAUGCCUUUGAGGAGAUGAAACGGGCGGCGCAGGCCAUGAUUGCGGGCGGCAGAGGCGCCGAGAUGAUGCCGAGAAGUGCCGACCCGCUCGCACCUAUCACAGCGUACAGGUUCCACUCCCUGGCGAGCAUGGGAGGGGACGAUGACAUGUUCAGCUCUGACUUUUCAGACGAGGAGUUGAAGGAGCGGCUGGGGCACAUGGGUGCAUGGCCGUGCCUGGUGAUUCUAUCAGGGGAGGAUCAAUACGUGCCAAGAGCUAUAGACAAGGAAAAGCUGCUACAGAGGCUCUGUGCUGCUAUGGGUGGUGCCACCGCUGCCCUAAUUCCUGGAGCCGACCACUCCUUGAGUAACACAGUGGACGAAGCGGUUACCACGAUAACGGAUUUCAUUAAGGAGCUUUAA